CUUUCUCUCUCUACUCGCUCCCUCUCACUCUCACUCCAAACCCCAAAUCCUUUUAGAACUCUCUAGAACAGUAGAACCGAGGCCCAGUCUCUCUCUCUCUUUACAUAAAAACCCUUUCUUUCCUACCCCUCUCUCUAUAACUCUCUAUUUGCAUUUUCGUCCGAUUCGUUGAAAUUUCUCUCUCUAGAUUUGGAUUCAAGUUCUUAUUCUGAGCAAUGGAUGAGGAUUUUGAUAUGCCGGCGGCGGAGGAGAUGAUAAACGACGAUUUUGACAUGCCGGGCGAGAGUCCGAUGAUGAAGGUCGGAGAGGAGAAGCAGAUCGGCAAUCAAGGGCUGAAGAAGAAGCUUGUUAAGGAAGGUGAAGGUUGGGACACUCCUGAAAACGGUGAUGAAGUUGAAGUUCAUUAUACUGGGACGUUGCUCGAUGGAACUCGGUUCGAUUCGAGUCGUGAUAGGGGGACUCCUUUCAAGUUCACUCUCGGCCAAGGGCAAGUAAUAAAGGGAUGGGAUCUAGGUAUUAAGACAAUGAAGAAGGGGGAGAAUGCCAUUUUCACCAUUCCUCCAGAGCUUGCUUAUGGUGAGGCUGGUUCUCCCCCAACCAUUCCUUCGAAUGCUACUCUUCAAUUCGACGUUGAAUUGCUUUCCUGGGUCAGUGUCAAGGACAUAUGCAAGGACGGUGGGAUAUUCAAGAAGAUCCUUACGAUAGGGGAUAAAUGGGAGAAUCCAAAGGACCUUGAUGAAGUGCUAGUUAAGUUUGAAGCUAGGCUCGAGGAUGGAACCUUAGUUGCAAAAUCAGACGGAGUAGAGUUUACGGUUACAGAUGGUUACUUCUGCCCUGCUCUGGCUAAAGCUGUAAAAACAAUGAAGAAAGGAGAGAAAGUUAUUUUGACAGUGAAGCCACCAUAUGGGUUUGGGGAGACUGGCAAGCCAGCCACUGGUGGUGAAGGUGCAGUGCCACCAAAUGCGACACUGCAGAUAACUCUCGAGUUGGUAUCAUGGAAGACUGUGACCGAAGUAACAGAUGAUAAGAAGGUUGCUAAGAAGUCCCUAAAGGAAGGGGAGGGAUUUGAGCGCCCAAAUGAAGGGGCUGUAGUCAAAUUGAAAUUGACUGGGAAACUACAGGAUGGUACAGUCUUCUUUAAGAAGGGUUAUGAGGAGGGAGAAGAUUUGUUUGAGUUUAAGACAGAUGAAGAGCAAGUCAUAGAAGGGCUCGACAAAGCGGUGAUGAAAAUGAAGAAGGGAGAAGUAGCAUUAGUGACGAUUGCACCAGAGUAUGCCUAUGGUUCAUUGGAGUCGAAGCAGGAGUUGGCUGUGGUUCCUCCAAACUCAACUGUGUUUUACGAAGUCGAGCUCGUUUCAUUUGAGAAGGAGAAGGAAUCAUGGGAUAUGAACACCCCAGAGAAGAUUGAGGCUGCUGGCAAAAGGAAGGAAGAAGGCAAUGCAUUGUUCAAAGCGGGUAAAUAUGCAAGAGCCUCUAAGAGAUAUGAGAAGGCUGCAAAGUAUAUCGACUAUGAUACUUCUUUUGGUGAAGAGGAGAAGAAGCAGGCCAAAGCAUUAAAAGUAACUUGCAAUCUCAACAAUGCGGCCUGUAAGUUGAAAUUGAAGGAGUUUAAGGAGGCGGAGAAGCUAUGCACCAAGGUUUUAGAACUUGAGAGCAGGAAUGUGAAGGCACUUUACAGGAGGGCUCAGGCAUAUAUAAACCUCGCUGACCUGGAUUUGGCCGAAUUUGAUAUUAAGAAAGCUCUUGAAAUUGACCCUGACAAUAGGGAUGUGAAGCUAGAGUACAAAACAUUGAAGGAGAAGGUGAAAGAGUUCAACAAAAAAGAUGCCAAGUUCUAUGGUAACAUGUUUGCAAAGCUGACCAAGUUAGAGUCCGAGACUAAUAAAGCAGCUACCAAGGGGGCAGCAUAGAUGGCAAGGUGCGCGUGGCGUUUGAAAUGGGCUUCUGCGUAUUACUGGAGUAAACAUUCUGGUUUUAUGGUCUGCUAUCACAGUUAUGUAGGAGUUAUUUCUUUUAAUUUUGAAUGUGGAUUGCUGACAUAAAAUUGUCUUGCCAAUCAUAAAUGAAAUUGCACGCAAGUACAUCUAAUUUCUGUUAGUCAGGAGUUUCCGUUAACCUUAAUUCGGUUAUGAAAGUAUUCUCAUCUCAGUUAUAAGAUGGCUGUUUGCAUUUUA